AGAAAUUGAAGAAAUUCAUUAUUACAUAUCCAUCGAUCAUGGCUGAAAUUAGUGAUUUCGUUGUAACAGAUCUAGAAAAAACAUUUGAAAAGGCAACAAAAUAUGUACAAACCAUAGCAUCAGAAUUAGAUUCUCAACAGUUACUUAAUUUAUAUAGUCUGUACAAACAAGCUACCAUUGGCCCUUGCAACAUUUUCAAACCAAAUUGGUAUCAAGUGCAGGCUAAGCAAAAGUGGGAAGCAUGGAAAAGUCUUGGUGAAAUGGAUCAGGAAGCUGCAAUGAACAAUUAUAUAUGUACGUUAAACAAAAUAAAUCCUACUUGGGAAACAGAUGUAGCAACGGAAUCACGUGCAUGGACCACAGUUAGUAGGUUGCCUAAUACAGAAAGAGAGUUACUUGAUACGGAUAAAACAUUUCUUGAUUGGGUCAAAGAAGGUCAUAAAGAAAAAGUACAAGAAAUUUUAUUAACAAAUUCUACAUUGAUAAAUAUAUUGGACGAAGAUGGUUUGUUACCUAUACACUGGGCAGCAGAUCGUGGACAUGUUGCGAUAAUUGAAUACUUGAUUCAACACGGUGCAAAUGUUAACUCCAAAGAUGUCGAUGGUCAAACACCUUUACAUUAUGCGGCAUCAUGCGGACAUAUAGAUGUGAUCAAAUAUUUACUUUCCAUGGGGGCUGAGUCUAUAGAAGAUAAUGAUGGUAUGAAACCAAAAGAUGUUGCAGAUGAAAAAGUGGUAGCUAUUCUUUAAUAAAAUGAUUAUGUGUAUUAGUAAAUUGUACUGUAGUAAUGAUUAUGUUCUUUAAUUACAUGAAUAAAUUUAACGUGUUAAUAAUA